UCGGCCCCUCCUCAGCUCUUACCCUCCUCUGCCCGAGGAGGGGGGAGUCGAGGGGGUGGGGAAGAGUUCGUUGUUUGUUUACACGAUGUGAGCGGAAAAAGACCAAUAAAGUUUAUUCUGGAAACAAAAGAAAAAAAAAAAAAAACAGGGGCGACAGAGAAAGGAGACGGGGCGGGGGCGUGCGGCGGGGGCUCGCGAGGAGAGGCGGCGAGCAGGCGAAAGCGGCAGUUCCGGUGCCGCCGCUCCGGUCUGCGGCGCUGCUCCCGCGGCCGCGGCGGCUGGGGCUGGGGCCGCCGGCGAGGCAGGGCUUGGGCCCGGCCGGGCAGCUCCGGAGCGGCGGGGCCGAGGGGCCGGGAGGCGGCGGCCGCGCUGCCCGCUCGCCUCUCCCCCGCCCGCGGGGCCGGGACCCGAUGCGGUUGGAGCCGCGGAGCCUGGAGGAGCCCCGAGCGUUUCUGCUUCGAAACAACCAUAUAUAUAAUUCCUUCAAAUAGUUUUAUAUGUGAAACUUGUAAAGGAUCAGAACAAUGCCUCCACGACCAUCAUCAGGUGAACUGUGGGGCAUCCACUUGAUGCCCCCAAGAAUCCUAGUAGAAUGUUUACUGCCAAAUGGAAUGAUAGUGACUUUAGAAUGCCUCCGUGAGGCUACAUUAAUAACUAUAAAACAUGAACUAUUCAAAGAAGCAAGAAAAUACCCUCUCCAUCAACUUCUUCAAGAUGAAUCUUCUUACAUUUUCGUAAGCGUUACCCAAGAAGCAGAAAGGGAAGAAUUUUUUGAUGAAACAAGGCGUCUUUGUGACCUUCGGCUUUUUCAACCCUUUUUAAAAGUAAUUGAACCAGUAGGCAACCGUGAAGAAAAGAUCCUCAAUCGAGAAAUUGGUUUUGUUAUUGGCAUGCCAGUGUGUGAAUUUGAUAUGGUUAAAGAUCCAGAAGUACAGGAUUUCCGAAGAAAUAUUCUGAAUGUUUGUAAAGAAGCUGUGGAUCUCAGAGAUCUCAAUUCACCUCAUAGUAGAGCAAUGUAUGUCUAUCCUCCAAAUGUAGAAUCUUCACCAGAACUGCCAAAGCACAUAUAUAAUAAAUUAGAUAAAGGGCAAAUAAUAGUGGUGAUUUGGGUAAUAGUUUCUCCAAAUAAUGACAAACAGAAAUAUACUUUGAAAAUCAACCAUGACUAUGUACCAGAACAAGUAAUUGCCGAAGCAAUCAGAAAGAAAACCCGGAGCAUGUUGUUAUCCUCUGAACAACUAAAACUUUGUGUUUUAGAGUAUCAGGGCAAAUAUAUUCUAAAAGUGUGUGGAUGUGAUGAAUACUUUCUAGAAAAAUAUCCCCUGAGUCAGUAUAAGUAUAUAAGAAGCUGUAUAAUGCUUGGAAGGAUGCCCAAUUUAAUGCUGAUGGCUAAAGAAAGCCUUUACUCGCAACUGCCAAUGGACUGCUUUACCAUGCCAUCUUAUUCCAGACGUAUUUCCACUGCUACGCCGUAUAUGAAUGGAGAAACAUCUACAAAAUCCCUUUGGGUUAUUAAUAGUGCACUCAGAAUAAAAAUUCUUUGUGCUACCUACGUGAAUGUAAAUAUUCGAGACAUUGAUAAAAUCUAUGUUCGAACAGGUAUCUACCAUGGAGGAGAGCCUUUAUGUGACAAUGUGAACACUCAAAGGGUCCCUUGUUCUAAUCCCAGGUGGAAUGAAUGGCUGAAUUACGACAUAUACAUUCCUGAUCUUCCUCGUGCUGCUCGACUUUGCCUCUCCAUUUGCUCUGUUAAAGGCCGAAAGGGUGCGAAGGAGGAACACUGUCCAUUGGCUUGGGGAAAUAUAAACUUAUUUGAUUACACAGACACUCUGGUAUCUGGAAAAAUGGCUCUAAAUCUUUGGCCAGUACCUCAUGGAUUAGAAGAUUUGCUGAACCCUAUCGGUGUUACUGGAUCAAAUCCAAAUAAAGAAACCCCAUGCUUAGAAUUGGAGUUUGACUGGUUCAGCAGUGUAGUGAAAUUUCCAGAUAUGUCAGUGAUUGAAGAGCAUGCCAAUUGGUCUGUAUCCCGAGAAGCAGGAUUUAGCUAUUCCCAUGCAGGACUGAGUAACAGACUAGCAAGAGACAAUGAAUUAAGAGAAAAUGAUAAAGAACAACUUCGAGCAAUUUGUACACGAGAUCCUCUUUCUGAAAUCACAGAGCAAGAGAAAGACUUCUUAUGGAGCCACAGACAUUAUUGUGUAACGAUCCCAGAGAUUCUACCCAAAUUGCUUCUGUCUGUUAAAUGGAAUUCCAGAGAUGAAGUAGCCCAGAUGUACUGCUUGGUAAAAGACUGGCCUCCAAUCAAACCAGAGCAGGCUAUGGAGCUCCUGGACUGCAAUUACCCAGAUCCAAUGGUUCGAGCUUUUGCUGUCCGAUGCUUGGAAAAAUAUUUAACAGAUGACAAACUUUCUCAGUACCUAAUUCAGCUAGUACAGGUCCUAAAAUAUGAACAGUAUUUGGAUAACCUUCUUGUGAGAUUUUUGCUCAAGAAAGCACUGACUAAUCAAAGGAUUGGGCACUUUUUCUUUUGGCAUUUAAAAUCCGAGAUGCACAAUAAAACAGUUAGUCAGAGGUUUGGCCUGCUUUUGGAGUCCUACUGCCGUGCAUGUGGGAUGUACUUGAAGCACCUGAAUAGACAAGUUGAGGCUAUGGAAAAGCUCAUUAAUUUGACUGACAUUCUCAAACAGGAAAAAAAGGAUGAAACACAAAAGGUUCAAAUGAAGUUUUUAGUUGAGCAGAUGAGGCAGCCAGAUUUCAUGGAUGCCCUACAGGGCUUUCUGUCUCCUUUAAAUCCUGCUCAUCAACUAGGAAAUCUCAGGCUUGAAGAGUGUCGAAUUAUGUCCUCUGCAAAAAGGCCACUGUGGUUGAAUUGGGAGAACCCAGACAUCAUGUCAGAGUUACUGUUUCAGAACAAUGAGAUCAUCUUUAAAAAUGGGGAUGAUUUACGGCAAGAUAUGCUAACACUUCAGAUUAUUCGCAUUAUGGAAAAUAUCUGGCAAAAUCAAGGUCUUGAUCUUCGAAUGUUACCUUAUGGUUGUCUGUCAAUUGGUGACUGCGUGGGACUGAUUGAGGUAGUGAGAAAUUCUCACACAAUCAUGCAGAUUCAAUGCAAAGGUGGCCUGAAAGGCGCACUACAGUUCAACAGCCACACUUUACAUCAGUGGCUCAAAGACAAGAACAAAGGAGAAAUAUACGAUGCAGCCAUAGACCUGUUCACACGUUCCUGUGCUGGCUAUUGUGUUGCUACUUUCAUUUUGGGAAUUGGAGAUCGGCACAAUAGUAACAUCAUGGUGAAAGAUGAUGGACAACUAUUUCAUAUAGAUUUUGGACACUUUUUGGACCACAAAAAGAAAAAAUUUGGUUAUAAGCGAGAACGUGUACCAUUUGUUUUGACACAGGAUUUCUUAAUAGUGAUUAGUAAAGGAGCCCAAGAAUGCACAAAAACAAGAGAAUUUGAAAGGUUUCAGGAAAUGUGCUACAAGGCUUAUCUAGCUAUUCGACAGCAUGCCAAUCUCUUCAUAAAUCUUUUCUCAAUGAUGCUUGGCUCUGGAAUGCCAGAACUGCAGUCUUUUGAUGACAUUGCAUAUAUCCGAAAGACAUUAGCCUUAGAUAAAACUGAACAGGAGGCUUUGGAAUACUUCAUGAAACAAAUGAAUGAUGCACAUCAUGGUGGCUGGACAACAAAAAUGGAUUGGAUCUUCCACACAAUCAAGCAACAUGCAUUGAACUGAGAUGAUAACUGACAAACUGAGAGCUCAGUAUCUGGAUUCUACACCGCACUGUUAACUGUCAGCAGGCAAAGACUGAUUGCAUAGGAAUUGCACAAUCCAUGAACAGCAUUAGAACUUACCGCAAGAACAGAAAUAAAAUACUAUAUAAUUUAAAUAAUGUAAAUGCAAACAGGGUUUGAUAGCACUAAACUAGUUCAUUUCAAAAUUAAGCUUUAGAAUAAUGCGCGAUUUCAUGUUAUGCCUUAAGUCCAAAAAGGUAAACUUUGAAGAUUAUUUGUAUCUUUUUUUAAAAAACAGAACAAAACAAAAAUUCCCAAAAUAUACAUAAAUGAUGGAGAAGGAAAAAGAAAGAUGUUGUAUUUGUCUUGUAAAUGCUCUGCGCCUUGAGAUGUGGACACAAUUAAGGCAGUUACUGCAUUAGGACUGAGUCAGCUGGAGUUCAUGUUGAAUUACAUAGAAUGGAAAUGAAGAACAAUUUCUUAUUUUUCCCAUUGCUGUUCAAUUUAGUUUGAAGUGGGUUUUUUGACUCCUUGUUUAAUGAAGAAAAAUGCUUGGGGUGGAUGGACUCUUAAGAUUUCUUCAAAGACUUUUUCUUUAUAAUAAAUGAAAUCUUUUGGUGAUUUGGGGGUCUUAGCUGCGCAAUGUUGGGAGCAGUCACAGAUGAGACCUGUAGUAUGCUGGUGUUUUUGGUUUUAGAUUUUUUUCAGGUUUUUUUUUUUCCUCUUUUUAACAGUAUUUACAAGAAUCUGACUCUUAUUUCCUAGGGAAAUUCUGGGCUCCCACAAAGUAAAAUAAUCAUCCUAGAAAAAGAAUGAGCAGGAGUAGUUCUCAUUCCAGAAUUGUACAGUAUUCACCUUAAGUUGAUUUUUUUUCUCCUUUUGCAAUUGAACUGAACACAUUUUUCAUGCAUGUUUUCCAGAAAAUAGAAGUAUUAAUGUUAUUAAAAAAAGAUUAUUUUUUUUAUUAAAGGCUAUUUAUAUUAUAGAAACUAUCAUUAAUAUAUAUUCUUUAUUUACAUAAUCUGUCCCAUAGUCAUGCAUUGUUUUGUACCCCAAAUUUUUUAUUGUUAGUAGCAGCAUGGUCAGCUUUUCUCUUGAUCUAUAGGUGAGGCUCAGGCACUACCAACUUGUACCAUUAGUCAACGUAUAAUUGUUUAAGGAAAGCAGAUUAAACUUCAUCCUUUUUCCUUUGCUUUUGUUUCCUCAUGAAUCCCUGAUCUUCCAUCUUCUUUUAUAGUUGAGAAUGGCUGAAUCAUAUGAAAUUAGUUGCCAAAAUUAAUACCAUUUAGACUAUCUUCCUGAAUGCUAACCCUCCCACAACCUCUAUUAAGUUCAUUAAUAAUAUUUAUAAUAUGGAGGAACAGAAACCAUGAAACUUUUACCUUUUUAAGCUAUGUAUCCAUAUCUGAAUAAUGUAAGUAGGACAUUAAUCCAUUUUAAGAUCAUAUCCUAUUUCCUCGUCAGAGCUCACUCUUACCUUAUUAAAUCCCAUUCAAGUACACUCAUAAACAUGUUAAAAAGCAUUAUCCAAAAUUAGGAGUUAUUGUUAGUCAUAACACUAGAAUGUGGUAUUUUAUUCAGUGUUUGAAAUGAAUGGCUAAUG